AUGAUUAUGAAGAAGAUACAAAAAGUACAAGUUUAACCAUUGAGUCAGAAAGUGCUAUGACAGAAAGUGUUAUAGCAGAUAAGUUUGAUUUUGAUAUAGAAUUAAAAUAUUUGUUUUUUAAUCAUGCAAGUUUCAAUAAAGCAUCAUCAUCAUUAGCAUUAGAUGUAGAAUCUGAGUCAAAUAAUAAAAAUGAAUACUAUAUUGCAAGUAUUAAUAAUACUAAUAUGAACAUCAGUCAACAAUUGUCAGUCUGUUCAAUUUUGGACAUUAUUGAUAAUAAAAUUAAAUGUUAUGGAAGUCAUUCUCAAAAACAAAGACCACUUAUGCAGCUUAUUAAAGCAUGA